GAUUCCAUAUAAUAUAAUAAUGGAGUAAGAAAUCAAUUUUCGCAAGAAAAAAAAAACACAAACCUCUACGACGGCCGGUCGCCCUGAUUUACCUCCUGUUAUCUACGUAACCUGGGACGGGGCUAGCUAUGGCGGCGCAGUCGGCCAACAACCUCUACGAGACGGCUUUGCAGCCGGACACCGGCGGUCACGCGUACACUUUCCUCGAGUUCAACACCCAGGACGAUUUCGUCGACUACAUGGAUUUCCAGGAUCUCUCGCAGCCCUCCCGAUCCCCCGCUGGGCCCCAUCCCCAGCCACCGCCCGAGCCCGCGCCGGACUCCUCAGCAUCCGAUCAUCUUUCUCCCGAGCCCACCUCGUCGCCUUCCUCAUCGACUCCCCUCGGCGGUCCUUCCUCGUCCUCCAUGGCCAUGGGGGCCGCUGGCGGGCAGGCGGCUGCCGCGGCGGUUGAUACCCUGACUGCCGGGAUGAACGAGCUCAACUUCGAGGAGAGUGGGGAUGAAAGUUACGAGUCUGGCGAGAGUGAUUUUACGGAGCACGCGUGCGAGUAUUGUGGGGUGGAGGAUCCGGAGUGUGUCGUCAGGUGCAACAUUUCGACGUGCUGGAAGUGGUUUUGUCGGUUGCAGGGGAACACAGGGGGUUCUCAUAUCGUGAAUCAUCUGGUAUUUCAACAUGCUAAGCACAUCGCAUAACUGAAAAACAUCAUAAAAGUUAUUAAACGAUUUUCUAUAUAUUUUGCCCUCUUUAUAUAUUUUUAUUCUCAACUCCCUCAAAUGAUACUCAAUUUAACCAUUUACUUAAUAUUUUUAUUUUUUGUUGGAAAACAUAAGAGCCCAUUAUGGAUACUUGUUCACUCCCUCUUUUAAUAAUAUUCUUCCUUAUGUUGGAAACAUAUAUUAUACGGUUCUGUCAGAAAAAUUUAAGUUUACCCUCAAGUUAGCAAAAUUUGGGAGAAAGAUAAGUUUUUUUUUACCAUCGUUAAUCCUUCUGUUCAUUCAUCUAUUUCAAUUUUCAUCUGCCACAUUCUGAAGUUUGAUUACUAGACUAGCCUGAUAAGUGAAGUAUAAUUCACUAGCCAUCUUGGUAUCAUAUACUGCUCUAUGCUACAAAUCAUUGGGCUACAUUUAAAGGUGGUAUUUACAUUUUUAAUACAACAUUUAAGCAUAUGUUAGAGUAUCUUGUUGAUUUAUACAACUUCCAUUUGGUUGAUGGUUAAGAAACUGCAAUUAUUUAUUUUGUUAGAGCUGCCGUUGUUGAGUGGGAUGCCAUUACAGAAUAUUGCAUUUCUGGUUCAUGUGUGUUUUUUUUUUUAUAUUAAUUGAUUUUAGGUGCAAGCAAAUCACACGGAAGUUUGGCUCCCCGACGACAGUCCACGAGGAGAGACUAUUGAAUGCUUUAAUUGUGGUUGCCAGAAUGUUUUUCUUCUUGGAUUUAUUUCUUCUGCAACAGGAAGUGUUAUCGUUCUCUGCAAAAUACCUUGUUUGAAUGUCUAUGUAUUAAGGGGCAUGAAUUGUGAUCUUAGUUAAUGGCGUCCACUCAUUGAUGAUGGAUGUUUCUUACCAUGGCUUGUUAAGGUACCUUCAGAACAGGAACAACAUAGAGCAUGGCAAAUAAGUGAACAGCAAAUGAACAAACUUGAAGAGUUAUGGAAGAAUGAUGAACCACAACCUGUUUCAUUGAAGUAUGAAGAUAGAGAUAAAUACCAGUUCAAAGCAAUCCUUGAUUUUGACUCUGAUGAGGAAGAUAAUGAACUCAGCUUGCCAUUUGCUUUUAGAACUCGCCACAAGAAGGAUGAUCAUGCAGAUAAUCCACAUAACAAGGAUGGCAAAGGGCUUGGAACAUCUGAUAAUUAUGGUGGUAGUAAUGACGAUUACAUGGGAGAUAGUGAUGAAGGCUAUGACUAUGGAGAUGAUGACUGCUUACGAGGAUAUCUUUGAUUUUGCAUGAUGGAGGCAGCACCAAUCAAACCUUUAUCCCACUUUCAUCUAUACUUAAAUGAAAUUAUAUCAUAUUUUAUUUUUGCUCGAGUCUUCUUGCAUGAUGGGGAGUUUGAGAAAGAUUAUAUCUGAUUAUUUUUCUAAGAA